ACUUAAUCAUGAACGACAAACGGGACUUGAGCAAUUUUUAGAAAAUAACAUGUCUACCCCUGCUGAGCAAGAAGUAGUUAUUCCUCCGACUACUGUUCUUCUAAAAACAUUAAAAGUGCGUGUUUAUCCAUGGUGUUCACAAGAUGAAAGAAAAACAGGCACAUCUACACGAUCACCAAUUUUUACAACAUGUUGUGCCAAAGGCAAGGUUUCUCUUCCUCCUAUUGAGGAAUUACCACAUCCUCUCAACGUGCUUCUUACUAGAACAGAUCCAAGUGCACGUUUAUUUAGGAAAAAUAUUAGGUCAUAUAAUUCAGCUUUGGCUUUUACAUCUAUGGGUGCAAAGGUUGAUAAUAGUAUAACAGGAACAAGUGGUGUUUACAGCUUUCGUGUUCAUGGAGAAAUGUAUCAUAGCAUAGGCAUAAUGCUUCCUGACGUGCUCUAG